GGGCGGGGGGAGCGGGGGCGGCGGUGGGUCGGUUAGCCAGACGCGCCGCGCCGAGGAGGAGAGCGGCGGUGCGGUCCCGCUCCGCUGCCCCGCCGGACACUCGGUCUUUGUCAGUCUGGUAUCUUUGCCUGGAGAACGGGCUGCUGAUCCUUUAUCGCGGUCGGGCUUGGGAUUUUUAAAAUCGAGGUACACCAGGGGUUGGAAAAACCACACUAGGCAAAGAACUUGCAUCAAGAUCAGGCCUGAAGUACGUUAAUGUGGGAGAUCUAGCUCGAGAAGUCUGAUCACCGGAUAUCAUGGAGUCUGGCAAGAUGGCGUCUCCCAAGAGCAUGCCGAAAGAUGCACAGAUGAUGGCACAAAUCCUGAAGGAUAUGGGGAUUACAGAGUAUGAGCCAAGAGUUAUAAAUCAGAUGCUGGAGUUUGCCUUCCGCUAUGUGACCACAAUUCUAGAUGAUGCUAAAAUCUAUUCAAGCCAUGCUAAGAAAACUACUGUUGAUGCAGACGAUGUACGAUUGGCAAUCCAAUGCCGUGCUGACCAGUCUUUCACUUCUCCUCCCCCAAGAGAUUUUUUAUUAGAUAUUGCAAGACAAAGAAAUCAAACCCCUUUGCCGCUGAUCAAGCCCUAUUCAGGUCCUAGAUUGCCACCUGAUAGAUACUGCUUAACUGCUCCAAACUAUAGGCUUAAGUCUUUACAAAAAAAGGCACCUGCUCCUGCAGGAAGAAUAACAGUUCCAAGGUUAAGUGUUGGUUCAGUUUCUAGUAGGCCAAGUACUCCCACACUAGGUACACCAACUCCACAAACCAUGUCUGUCUCAACUAAAGUAGGCACUCCAAUGUCCCUCACGGGACAGAGGUUUACAGUACAGAUGCCUGCUUCUCAGUCCCCUGCUGUAAAAGCUUCCAUUCCUGCAACAUCAGCAGUUCAGAAUGUUCUUAUUAAUCCAUCAUUAAUUGGGUCCAAAAAUAUUCUUAUUACCACUAAUAUGGUGUCACAAAAUACAGCCAAUGAGUCAGCAAAUACGAUGAAAAGAAAGCGUGAAGAUGAUGAUGAUGACGAUGACGAUGAUGAUGAUGACUAUGAUAAUUUGUAAUCUAGCCUUGAUGCAUGUAACCUUGGUCUUGGACCCAUUGUACUAAAGUUUAAAGAGCAUGUUAGAUGUUUUAAAGCUGUACCUUUAGAAAGUGGUAUUUAAUAAGUAUACUUACUGUGCUUUUUUGAUUGAAAUGUUCAGUUUUACUAGAACUAGUAAUGGCUUUUCAUCAACCUAUAUGCAUAAAAAAUAAAAUUGUCAUUUGUCAGUUUGA